AACUCGGUGGCCACUCGGCACCUUGGCAUAUGCAACCAAGCUGGCUGCUUCAGCCUUUGUCCUUAUUUGUCCCUCUGGCCCCAGUGUGCUCAGCCCUGCCGACUUUGUUUCCUCCACCUCUCCCCAGAACAAAAGGGAAACCCAAGCACCGUGUGCAUGGAGGCCGGCAACCUCCCACGCAGCCGGCAGCAGAGGGUGAUCUUGCCAGUGCACUACCCCGGCCGCGUGCACAGGACCAACGCCAUCCCAGCCUACCCCACGAGGACAAGCAUGGACUCCCACGGGAACCCUGUCACCCUGCUGACCGUGGACCGGCACGGGGAGCAGAGCCUCUAUUCGCCACAGACCCCUACCUACAUCCGCGGCUACCCACCCCUCCACCUGGACCACACCCUGGGCCCUCACCGCUGCGGCCUGGAGCACCGCGCCUACUCACCAGCCCACCCCUUCCGCAGGCCCAAGUUCAGCAGCCGCAGCUUCUCCAAGGCAGCUUGCUUCUCCCAGUACGAGACCGUGUACCAGCACUACUACUUCCAGGGCCUCAGCUACCCCGAGCAGGAGGGCCCGGCGCCUCCCAGCCUCGCGCCCCGGGGCCCGGCCCGCGCCUUCCCCCACGGUGGCAGCAGCAGCCUGCUCUUCCCCGUGGUGCCCAUGGCCCCACCCUCCCACCUGGAGAGCGGCAGCGCAUCCAGCUUCAGCUGCUACCACGGCCACCGCUCGGUGUGCAGCGGCUACCUGGCCGACUGCCCGGGCAGCGACAGCAGCAGCUCCGGCCAGUGCCGCUGCUCCUCCAGCGACUCCGUGGUGGACUGCACGGAGGCCAGCAACCAGGGAGUGUACGGCAGCUGCUCCACCUUCCGCAGCUCCCUCAGCAGCGACUACGACCCCUUCAUCUACCGCAGCCGGAGCCCCUGCCGCACCGGCGACGCGGGGGGCUCGGGCCGGGGGCCUGUCGUGUGCCUCGAGGGCGCCUCCCCGCCGGAGGAGCUCCCGGAGACCCACGGCCAAGGCGCCGGGCCGGGAGAGCCGUGGUCCGGCCCUGCCUGCCCCUCAGGGGACCAGCUGUCCGCCUGCAGCCUGGAGAUGAACUACAGCAGCAGCUCCUCCCUGGAGCACAGGGGGCCCAGUGGCUCUACCUCAGAAGUGGGGCCUGAGGCUUCUCCGAGGGCCGCCCUGGACCUCAGGAGGACCUGG